AUGAAGUUUAGGUUGUGCCAUCUCUUGCUGUUAUUUACCUUCUCUGCGUCUUUGCAUGCCGUGUUUGGUUUAAAUAAUGAGGGGGUCGCUUUAUUGUCACUUUUGAGGCGAUGGACCUCGGUGCCAUAUUCCUUGAGGUCCGGUUGGAAUACUUCAGAUUCCACUCCAUGCAAUUGGGUUGGUAUAGAAUGUGAUAGUAAGAAUAAUGUUGUCUCUUUUAACCUCUCCAGUUAUGCAAUUUCUGGUCAGCUUGGACCUGAAAUUGGUCACUUGAGAGAGUUGGAGAUUAUUGAUUUGAGUUCUAAUGAUUUCUCUGGUAAUUUACCAGAAGCUCUAGGCAAUUGUAGUGCACUUAAGUGCUUGGAUUUGUCUUGUAAUAGAUUCACUGGUCAAAUACCUGAUAAUUUCAAGCACUUGCAAUUUUUGAGCGCCCUGGUUUUAAAUAACAAUUCUUUAGAAGGCGAAAUACCCGAAUCAUUGUUUCAAAUUCCAGGUUUACAAGUAGUGCUUUUGCAUUUCAACUAUUUUAAUGGUUCAAUUCCUAGUAAUGUUUGUGAUAUGGGUGAGGUUGAACUGUUAUGGUUAAGUGGUAAUAGGUUAUCUGGUACCAUUCCAGAGUCUAUUGGGAAUUGCAGUAAAUUGCAAGCUCUUCUUUUGUUUGAUAACAAUCUAGUGGGUGUUUUGCCAGAGAGUCUAAACAAUCUUAAAAAUCUUAUUUAUUUGGAUCUUCAAAAUAACAGUCUUACUGGUAGCAUCCCUUUGAAUUUUCGAAACUGCAAGGAUUUGAAGUUAUUGUCUUUGUCAUAUAACAAUUUUAGUGGGGAGAUUCCACCAGAAUUAGGGAACUGUAAGUCCUUGGAAAGCUUGCUGUUACAUACAAACCAACUUGAAGGUAGAAUUCCAGCUGAGCUAGGCCUACCAGAACAGCUUUCUCGUCUUAACCUUUCUAAAAAUCGUUUGUCGGGGAAGAUUCCACCAGAAUUAGGGAAGUGCAGGUCCUUGGAAAUAUUAAACUUAUGGAAAAACCAACUUGAAGGCAGAAUUCCAGAUGAGCUAGGAAUGCUGAGUAAUUUACGGUAUCUUAAACUGUCUUCCAACAAUCUAUCAGGUGAGAUUCCAUAUAUAAUAUUGUAGCUUAGCUUUCUAUACCAUGUUUACGUGCUCUCGAUGUCAUUGUCAUAACCAUGUACUUGAAAUUUCAUGGAACAAAA